AUGCGGUUCAUACCCUCCCUCAUUGCUGCCAGUGUCGUCCUGGCAGAGGUUGUUGCUGCAGGUGCCAAAGUCCCAAGGGCCUUCGGUGUCCCAUCGGAUGAUGGGUUCCCCAACCCGAGCCCUCAGCAGAUCCUCGAUAUCUCUCAGCGUGCCAAGGGAAAACUUCCGGAUGGAGCCACUCCCAGUUCAUUGCCUGCUGGUACCGUCACGACACUCCAGCUCAUUGCUUUCAACGAGUUGUUUGAGACCGCCUUCUUCUCUUCGCUGAUCAACAACAUUACCAAUGGCGUUGACGGCUAUACAGAUGCCCCCAACGGUGCUGUUGAGAUCCUGACUGCUGUGCUUGCUCAAGAAGAGCUCCAUGCUCUGGGAGCGGUUUCUAUCCUCAAGGCCGCAGGGGCUUUUGCCCCCUCUCCAUGCCAGUACCAGUUCCCAGUCGCCAAGAUCGGGGACGCCGUUGCUCUGGCGGAAACCUUCACUGCUGUAGUGUUGGGCGCGUUGCAAGGAGCUGGAAAGCAGUUCGCUCUUGACGGUGUUGCCGAUUUUGUUCAGUUGAUCGCGUCUGUCAUCGGCCAGGAGGGUGAGCAGAAUGGAUUCUACCGCCUGCUCCUCAACAGGAUUCCAUCAGAGAAGCCCUUCUUGACCUUCGUGCCCGCUCCCUACGCAUUUAGUGCUCUCCAGCUCUUCGUUGUGCCUGGUUCAUGCCCCUUCCCCCUCAGCGACAUCAACCUGCCCAUAUUCCCGACGCUGGCAGUCAACGGAGGACCUGUGGCUGUUAUCCAGCCAAACGACCAGACCCUGUCGUUCUCAGCGGAUCUGUCCACGUCUCCCAAUGCCCAGCAGUACAUUGGGGGCGACGGAAGCGGUCUCUACGUGACCUACACCAUCGGACAGCAGCAGCCCGUCUCAGUGAGCAUCACCAACGUCCAGUGGCAAGGCAGUGUCAUUUCUUUCUCCGCGCAGUUCCCGUACUCGGCAAAUCAAGCCGAUGGAUUCAGUCAUGGCGCUCUCACAACCACCAGCAACCCCUCUAGCUUCGAUGCUCUGGUACAGUGCACACUGGCUGCCCCUGCUGUCAUCCAGGUCAACAACAACAUCGUUUAA